GUAUAUGGGGAUCUGAUGUAGCCGAGACUAUUUUAAGAGUUCGUCGCAUCCACUGCCCACCCACACACCCACGAAGUCUUGUUUAUACGAGGAGAGAGAACGACCCGAAAACUCUCUCUGAUCUCUCCCCAUGUCGCCGACGACGACUUGUUAACCUUUUGCUGAAGAAAAAGGGAUUGAUAGAGACGCUUGCGCGAGAAUUUUCAAUUUGUGUUCGCAAAUAAUAACCGAUGGCAGCGCCACCAGCACGGGCUCGUGCCGAUUACGAUUACCUCAUUAAGCUUCUUCUUAUUGGCGACAGUGGUGUGGGGAAGAGUUGUCUGCUUUUGCGGUUUUCUGAUGGUUCCUUCACCACCAGUUUUAUCACAACUAUUGGGAUUGAUUUUAAAAUAAGAACCAUCGAACUUGAUGGCAAACGCAUUAAGCUGCAAAUCUGGGACACAGCUGGUCAGGAGAGAUUUCGAACUAUCACCACAGCUUAUUACCGCGGAGCCAUGGGCAUCUUGCUGGUCUAUGAUGUUACUGAUGAAGCAUCUUUUAAUAAUAUUAGGAAUUGGAUUCGCAACAUUGAACAACAUGCAUCUGACAAUGUAAACAAGAUACUUGUGGGCAACAAGGCUGAUAUGGAUGAAAGUAAAAGGGUUGUGCCUACGUCCAAAGGUCAAGCUCUUGCUGAUGAGUAUGGUAUCAAGUUCUUUGAAACUAGUGCAAAGACAAACAUGAACGUGGAAGAGGUUUUCUUCUCAAUAGCAAGAGACAUCAAGCAAAGGCUUGCUGAAACAGACUCUAGAGCUGAGCCUCAGACAAUCAAGAUAAAUCAACCAGAUCAGGCAGCUGGUGGCGGUCAAGCUGCCCAGAGGUCAGCUUGCUGUGGUAAUUAGCAGAACCAAUAUUUGUCGGGCAUGUUAUCUACAGUUGUACCCUUCUGGAUGCUGAAGGAUUUGAUGACUCUGGAAGUUGGCACAUGUAGUUCCUCUGUAACUCCUGACUUCCAAAAGGUCAUAUUUUGGCCCACUAUUUUAAAAUUGUUUGCUGUUAGUUUGUGGAAUUUGUUGCUACUGGUUUACAUGGUUGCCCUUCUAAUUGUAAUCUAAGUCUAAAAGGUAUUUUGAUUGAGAAGGUUUGGGUAGAUUAUCAGAAAAACCCUACAUCUGGGAAUAUUAAAUUUUCUUGUUUAGUAGGUUAGGAAUCGAGAUUUCUGGCUCUUGUAGAUACCUUAAAUUUCUUUAUUAUUAAUCUGAAUUGGCUGGACUUGAAACUUA